AUGGACACUAUCGGUCAGUUUGGAGAAUUAUGCGAUUUAUUUAGCCGUUUUCGAGCGCCGGAAGAAGACAAAAGAAUAAAAGAUAUGGUGGAGGUCUUGAACAGAAGGGAUUCCGAUGCGUCCAGCGAUCACUUUAAGCUGGAUGCUACGGCGCUAAACAAACCUCCUGAAGAAGUUUUUGACAUAGUAGGCAAACUCGGGGAAGGUUCAUAUGGCUCGGUUCAUAAGGCAAUUCAUAAAGAAUCUGGUCAUAUCUUAGCUGUUAAAAAAGUGCCUGUAGAUACGGAUUUGCAAGAGAUAAUAAAAGAAAUAAGUAUUAUGCAGCAGUGUGACAGUAAAUAUGUAGUAAAAUAUUAUGGAUCAUAUUUCAAAAAUUCUGAUCUCUGGAUAGUAAUGGAAUAUUGUGGUGCUGGAUCUGUUUCUGAUAUUAUGCGGAUGAGGAAAAAAACUUUAAGCGAAAAAGAAAUAAGUGCAGUUACAAGGGAUGUUUUAAAAGGAUUAAAAUAUCUUCACGAUUUGAAAAAAAUCCACCGAGACAUUAAAGCUGGAAAUAUUUUGUUAAAUAAUGAGGGAAAUGCCAAGUUAGCAGAUUUUGGAGUUGCGGGCCAGUUAACGGACACGAUGGCUAAACGUAAUACUCUCAUUGGAACACCAUUCUGGAUGGCUCCUGAAGUAAUUCAAGAAACUGGUUAUGAUACGAAAGCUGAUAUAUGGUCUUUAGGCAUUACAGCGAUGGAAAUGGCCGAGGGACGCCCUCCUCAUGCUGAUAUUCAUCCAAUGAGAGCAAUUUUUAUGAUUCCGACGAAGCCUCCUCCCACCUUUAAGAACCCGGCAGACUGGUCAUCCGAGUUUAUAUCGUUUGUUUCUCAAUGCCUCAUUAAAAAUCCAGAAGAGCGCAAAUCUGCUACAGAGUUGCUUGAGCAUUCUUUCAUAAUAAAUGCCCCAUCAGCUGCAAUUUUAAAGGAGAUGAUUGAAGACGCCCGGACUUGUGCUGAAGCCGCUGCAGCUAAAAAUGUUGACUUGGAAGGCGACGUCGAUGCCACGAUGGUGAAAGGUGUCGAGGGGACAGAAGGAAGUACUAUAGAGGAUGGAACACUUAUACAACACGAUCUUACUCCAAAAAAAGAAACUGAUACAGCGGUCAGUAGUUCGCUUGAGCAACGUUUGCAAGCCAUGAGAAUGAAUGCUUCCCCUCCUGGCGGCACCGCAUUUGUUUUUGCCAAGCCUCCAGCGAGUGAGGAACAGAGUCCACAGAGGCAAAAUAUGGAUUCUGAUAUGGCUGCUCAGUUUGAUUACUAUGUUAACGAAAAAGUGGCGAAUCAGAGAUCUUCACUGGUAAAUGCUCAGAAAAAUGGCGAGAAUUAUGGUGUAGUAGGUCCGGCGGGUGGCAGUGCUGGAGCAGUAGACAGUUCUUUGGAUUCGCCUGGCUCUUUCGGAAGUUCUGCUUAUGACCAGCAUUUUAAUCGUGCAUUUAUUGAUGGCGAUUACAGUUUUUCAAAUCUUGAUGCUGAAAUGGAUAUUGAGCUACGGGAGCUGCAGAGUAGAUAUCAAACGAAGCGUCAACCUAUAUUAGAUGCUAUAAAAAACAAGAAGACCAACUCAACUCGAUUUUAA